GUACUAAACGACCGCUUGAGGUCUUCGUGUCGUUGCUUGUGCUGUGCGGCGAAGCACCCUAGCGAAGCUGAACGGCUAAGGCCGUGGUUUCUUCCUUUAGAUUUCGUCGAAUUUCAUUUAAACGCUGCAUUUUUAACCAUGUGGUACGAAAUACUGCCCUCUGUUGCCAUCAUCGGCGUUCUGAUGUCAAUUCCAAAUCUUACCGCUAAGCCAUUGUCUUGGCUUUUCGACGGAAAGCCUUACAGGCGAAUCUUGUACAAUGUGAAAGAUCGGGAGGACUGCAUGCGGGACGAGCGGCUGAGUGGGAGUAUAUACAAGACCAUCGGACUUGAAGGAAUUCCCGAUGAGCCUGAGAAGUAAGGAAGAAGUGAGCAACAACGUUUGUGACAAGCACUGUAGUCACGAAGUGAUAUAAAUGACAUAUGUACAGUGA